GGCUGGGGUGGAUAUAAGAUCAUGCCGGCUAUGAAAACCAAGCACCACACCCAGCUUGCUAUGAUCGUUGCCCAAGGAAGUGUCACUUUUUAGGUGUGUGUUUUGGUAUAGUGUGGAUGGUAGGAAAAGAGAAUUUGGGGGCCCUUCAGCAAGAGUAUGACCAUGCAGUGUUGCCAGUCGGAUGAGGCUAGAGAACAAAAACGAAUAAAUGCAGAAAUUGAAAAACAGCUCCGUCGCGACAAAAGAGAUGCACGACGAGAGCUCAAACUUUUACUACUUGGGACUGGUGAGUCCGGAAAGUCCACCUUCAUCAAACAGAUGCGAAUCAUUCAUGGGGCGGGUUACUCAGACGAAGACAAGCGCGGAUUCAUCAAACUGGUGUACCAGAACAUCUUCAUGGCUAUGCAGAGUAUGAUCAAGGCCAUGGACCUCCUGAAGAUCUGUUACGCCGAGUCUUCCAGUCAAGCUAAAGCCGAAUUAAUUAAGGAGAUCGACUAUGAAACAGUCACAACAUUCGAACCACCAUAUGUACAAGCAAUCAAAGACCUUUGGGCCGAUGCUGGUAUCCAAGAGUGCUACGACCGACGUAGGGAAUACCAACUUACCGACUCUGCCAAAUACUACUUGAUGGAAAUUGACCGGGUGGCAGCUAGGGACUACCUCCCGACAGAGCAGGACAUUCUUCGUGUAAGAGUGCCCACAACUGGCAUUAUAGAGUAUCCCUUUGAUCUUGACGAGAUCAGAUUUAGUUACCUUAGUGACCUGGAACGCAUCGAGUCACCUGACUACCUGCCCACAGAACAGGAUAUCCUUAGGGCUAGGGCGCCCACUACAGGGAUACUAGAAUACCCAUUUGAUCUCGACUCCAUUAUUUUUAGAAUGGUAGAUGUAGGAGGACAAAGAUCAGAAAGAAGAAAAUGGAUCCACUGUUUCGAGAACGUAACAUCCAUCAUCUUUCUAGUAGCUUUAAGUGAAUACGAUCAGAUCCUUUUCGAAUCAGAAAAUGAGAAUCGUAUGGAAGAAUCAAAAGCCCUAUUCAAAACGAUCAUUACGUACCCAUGGUUUCAACACUCAUCAGUCAUAUUAUUUUUGAAUAAGAAGGAUUUACUCGAAGAAAAAAUAAUGUAUUCGCAUUUAGUAGAUUAUUUUCCCGAAUACGAUGGUGCACAAAGAGAUGCAAUCGCAGCUAGGGAGUUCAUUCUCAGGAUGUUUGUAGACCUCAACCCGGACAGUGAAAAAAUUAUAUACUCGCAUUUUACUUGUGCCACAGAUACCGAAAACAUCAAAUUUGUAUUUGCGGCAGUAAAAGAUACAAUACUGCAAUCAAAUCUACGCGAGUACAAUUUGGUUUAGAAGGGAUAACCCGAGAAUGAUACUUUUUGUGAUGGACCCUCAAAUUUGUGAUGUUACUGUAAUUUACUGUUGAAAAAAAAUCCUUUUUGUGUCCAGAAUUGUGCGCUUAGCUUUAGCGGCUGCGAUGGAAUAAAUCUAGUGCCAUUUUACUAGGGAAAUGAGAUGUGUCCAAAAAUGGAUUGAAGCCAAAGUGUUUUUAAACAGUGCAAAAAAGCAUUCUGACUAUGAUUCAUUAUAUAAAUAGUAUUGUUAUAUAUAAUAUAUUAAAUUAAUGUAGAAAUAUGUAGUCUGUAAGAACUAAAAUUUCUCUCCGGUUUAUACCAGGUGUCCCCGAGUCACUAUAAGGCUUUAUCUAGAAAAAUGAACUUUUUAUCGGUGGAAAUCAAAACUCAAUUCCAAGUCAGAUCUGAAAUGAAGCUCUAUUAUUUAUAUUGUGAUGUUAUUUUAAUGCUAAUAUAUUUUCUGUUGAACAAUUAUUUUUGUUUUAUAUUUACUUUAUUUUGUUUUGUUUAUCCUAAUCUCUAUAAUAGUUCAUUCAUUCAGCGAAAUAUCUAAUCGUCCAAUUUUUCCUACUUUAUAAAAUAAAGGAGUGAAUUAAUCACAAGUCACUUGUCUCAAUGAUUUCGAGGCAUCUUGAAAGGGUGAGGAGUAUUUAUUGAUGAUUGUUUUUGUAUAUAUUGGUGGUUAUCUUUGACUGCGUUUUUCUAGAUAUUGACCUUGAAAAAAUUUGACUCUGACCGAUUUUUGGAGUAACAUAGUCGAGAAUGUAGUUGGCUGAGCCAAAUUAUUUGAUGUUGUCUUUUCCUAUAAUGAAUUUGUUUACAAAAAUGAAUGUGAGAAAAUUGCAUUUUUUGUAUUUCAUUUGUUUUGAUGUAAGACAUUAAUAUAUUUUUAUUAAUAUCA